AUGCUCCUCUUCACUCUCUUGUUCGCCUUCAUCUCACUCGCUGCGAGCCUCACACUCAACAAGACCGACGGCACGACUCUUGUCCUCGGCGACGAGCCCAUGAUCGUCGACCUCAGCGAUGUCAUCAUGCCGCUGCCUGAAAUGGCACCCGAUCCCAUCAUGUCCGUACACCUACUUCCUCAGCAAAACGCGUUACUCUCAACUUCGGUUCACGUGAAAAUUAACACGCUUAGCAACUCUAGCGAUAUCGGGUCUACGGAUGCGGGAGGCGAACCUGUGUAUAUGAUCCAGUUCUACAAGGACACGCACCACAAGGGCAUUCAAGGCGUGACUCAGAGUUGCGACAUGCCUCUUAACAGGCAAUGCCGUCGAACAGACAGUUGGUCAGUAUCUACGCACAUCAAGCCGCAGCAGUCACAGCAAUGGAAACGAAAACAGCAUCGUCCAAGUUCUAACAGCAGCACAAGGUUCCCCGAUAUCUCCUCCCUCUCCUUACAGGGCUGCCGCUACGGCCAACUCAAUUAUGGGGUUCCAUUCGGGUGUUUCUUCUGGGAUACUUCGAAUUGCGAUCGCUCACCAGGCAAGAACUCCCUUUGGCUUACUUACGGAGUCGAUGACCUUGGUGCGCUUAAAUGGGAUAAUCGCAUUCGUGCUUACGAGUGUCAUGCUACCAAGUAG